CAAAUGACUCAUUGACUUGGCUUAUGGCCGUUGGCCAUCUCAAGUUUUAUUUUUAUGACCAGCUACUUCCGGCCAACGCCAUUUGCCCAGCACAGUCCUCAAGCGACGCGCGCCCCCGCAGCAAAAGGAUGUUCAUGUCCGUGGACAUAGAUGGUAUAUAUGCAUGUUUUUGGCUGGUCUGCCAAAAGGUUCUCUCUCUGGCAUUCCCCAGCCCAGUACCAGGCCACCAGCAGAAGAGUGAUGGAGUGUUUUAAUGCAUUCGACCAUUGUUGGGCGGCGGCGCCGCAGCGACUGAGCCAAUAUUUGCUUUAAUUUAAGCCUCGCAUGUUGCAAUUGCAUUGUUUGCUGCCACUGCCACUGCCGUUGCCGUUGCCAUUGCUGUUGCUGCUGCCACUAUCCUUGUUGUCGGCCAUCUGAUGACAGCAGUCAAUUAUAUAAGGCAAACAUCAGCCAAAGACGAAAGUUGAAUGCGCUCGAUGGGCAAUGAUUUAAUGGAUUAUGUCCAAUCCGACUCAUCCGACCCAUCCCACCCAUCCGAGAGCAUAAUGGACUUGGAAUGGCUGCGAGAGUGCCAUAAAUUUCCCAAACUCCCAAGAAGAAUGACUCAGGACAACCCAGCUCCAGCUGCCGAUAUGCUGCAGCACUCGUAUGUAGGGUGUCGGGCAGGCACAUCACAUGCAGCGCAGGAUUCACAGACAUGUGCCCCACGCAGUUGACUCCCUAUCGCUCAGCGUGACAGACAAAAUGUGGUCGAAUUACCAGAGUGCGAUCUGCCGUCCUCUUCUGCUGCUGCUGCUGCUGCUGGUGGCACUGGAAAGGGUACUCGUCGUGUAUGCCAUAGUGAAUCCCUCAAAUGACACAGCCAACACGGUGAUUUAUAUGCUGCCCGCCAAGGAUCUGGGCCCAGAGACGUGGCGUGCAGGGGUGGACUGCCUGGACAGCUUUUCCCAGAUCUUCUUCUACCGGCAUCCCAGGGAACGUUACACCCGCUCCUAUAACCUAAUGCUGACCAAUGCCUUCAACCUGUCGACGCCCGCGGAUCAGAUCCAGGAGGGAUUCCACAAGCUCAUCAACGAGGCGGUCACCCAAGCGGGGGAGCCGCAUCGCUCGGAGCUUUUUCAGCUGCGCGUCGUCUCCGACCACAUGAGCCACCAGGAGAAGAGCAAGAACUUCGGCGAGCUGCUCCUGGCCGACAACUAUGUGAUCAUUGUGGACACCGUCGAGCGCCUCCUCAGCCUCAUGAGCCGCUAUGUGAGCCGGAUGCGAUCGUGGAAUCCAGGCGCGCGCUUCCUGGUGCUCUUCCACAAUCCCCAGGUGCACAACCGACCCUGGCGCGUGGCCUCCCAGAUCUUCAACGAACUAAUGCAGAGCUUCUACGUGCACCGGGUUGCUCUAGUAUACGCGAACUCCUCGAUGGACUACAACCUUCUGGUGAACGACUACUACAGCAACGUCGACUGCCGCAUCCUCAGUGUCCAGAGCGUGGGCCAGUGCCACGAAGGACAGCUCUUUCCCAACCCCAAUGCCGUGCACGCGGCCAUGACGGACUACAUGACUGGCUUCAGUCCGAAGAACUGCACCUUCUUUGUGUGCGCUUCCGUCUCGGCUCCUUUCGUCGAGGCCGACUGUAUCCUGGGGAUCGAGAUGCGGAUAUUGGGAUUUAUGCGCAGCCGAUUGCAGUUCAUGAUAAACCAGACGUGCAGUCUGGAAUCUCGGGGGGAAAUGGACAGUUCUGGGAACUGGAACGGGCUGCUGGGCAAACUGACAGAUGGCGAAUGCGAUUUCGUGAUGGGAGGCUACUAUCCCGACAACGAGGUGGCAGAGUUCUUCUGGGGAUCGGACUGCUACCUGCAGGAUGCCCACACCUGGUACAUCAAGGUGGCCGAUCGCCGGCCCGCCUGGCAGGCUAUGGUCGGCAUUUUCGAGCCGAGCACCUGGAUAGGCUUCAUUGUGGUUCUGCUGAUCAGUUGGCUCUUCUGGUUCGCCCUGGUUAGCCUGCUUCCGGAGCCGGACUACUUCCAGCAGAUCAGCCUGACGGCCAUCAACUCGCUGGCGGUGUCCAUAUCGGUGGCAGUCCAGGAGCGGCCCGUGUGCCAGACCACGCGUCUCUUCUUCAUGGCCCUCACCCUGUACGGCCUGAAUGUGGUGGCCACAUACUCGUCCAAGAUGAUAGCGACCUUCCAGGAUCCCGGCUAUCUGCAUCAGCUGGAUGAGCUCACGGAGGUGAUGGCCGCAGGCAUACCUUUUGGUGGGCACGAAGAGAGCCGCGACUGGUUCGAGAACGACGACGACAUGUGGGUCUUCAACUCGUACAACGUUUCGCCGGAGUUCACGCCGAAGACGGAGAACCUGCUGGCCGUGAAGUGGGGAAAGCGCUGCAUCCUCAGCAAUCGCAUGUACACGCUCCAGAGCGCCCUUGCAGACGACAUAUUCGCCUUUCCGGAGAACGUCUUCACCAGCCCCAUCCAGAUGAUCAUGAAGGCGGGCUUCCCCUUCCUCUACGAGAUGAACAGCAUCAUCCGGUCGAUGAGGGACGUGGGCAUAUUCCAGAAGAUAGACGCAGACUUCCGCUACAACAACACCUAUCUGAAUCGCAUUGCCAAGAUGCGUCCCCAGUUCGCCGAGAACGCCAUUGUCCUCACCACGGAGCACCUGAAGGGGCCCUUCGGCAUCCUCGGUGUGGGAGUUCUCUGCGCCUCCGUCGCAUUUCUGGCCGAGCUAAUGAUUCGCCAUUGGCCCUUCAGGCUGCAGGUCAAGCAGCAAAGUGAAAUCUCUGCUACUCCGCGUACUCGUCGCACUCGCAGGAAAAGGACCUCUCGACAUUUGCGGAGGAGCCAGUGGGAACGGCAAGUUCAAGUGGCUCCAGUCAUACGAUUUACGCCAGUCAAACGACGCAAAGUUCUCUAGAGACAACAGGGAAUGUAUUUGGAUUUGGUCUUGAAUAGGGAUUGGGAUUCGGAUUCGGAUUGGGAUUGGGAUUGGAUAGAUAGACAAGCAAGGGAAAAGGCAAACUAAAACAAACUACGAGCUUGGGCUGCGAUAAAAAUUGACUCAAUUCCCAUAAAUUUGAAAUUGAGAGACAACCCCAACGCGGUCUUCCUUGUCUUCCUCCUCGUCGCUGUCGUUUGCGUCGUCUG